GAGCCAGAUGAAGUAGCCAGCCGGUUGCGCUGGAGACCUUUCGAUAGUUUGUUUGUUUUCUUUCUGAACGCCGAAGGUGUUUCUUGUGACGUCAUACUUCAUACGUUCAUUUGGGCACGGAGAAGCUCGCGCGCUCCUCCUCCGCCCAGCGAGUAGCAUUGUCCCGGGUUCCGCAGCCCGCUGCGUCACGCCGACAGCGGCGGAAAAGUUACGCCUUUCUUAACCAACGCAGUUUGCGGAAUAUCGCUGCGGCUGUCCACGGACACGCGUGUGAGUAUUUCGUGUUUCCUAACUCCGGUGUUAUCGAGACAAACGCGGUGGAAAUGUCCUCCUCUGUCGCUGGCUCACCUGUCCAGGUGAGCCAGCGACACCUGUAAACAAGCAGCGUGUAUCGCGCUCACUGCGCGGCGUUUGUUCUUUAGUUCCACCCUACCAAGCAUGGUGGAUUACAGUGUUUGGGAUGCAGCAGGAGCCCUGCUCCCAAACAGAGGGGGUUCUUUUAAAAUGCAGGAGCUGGCUCUGAGUGAGUUGCUGGAGUGCCCCCUGUGUUACGAGCCGCUGGACGAGUCGCCCAAGGUCCUGCCCUGCCAGCACACGUUCUGCGUGUCCUGCCUGCGGAGGCAGGAGGGAGCCCACCCCCAGCUGCUCUGCCCCGAGUGUGGUGCUCCUGCCCCGGCCGGGACCGCGGAGGAGCUUCCUGCAAACCUCCUGUUAGUGCGGAUCCUGGGUGGGCUGCGGGGCUCGCCGGGGGCCCCCGGCGGAGACAGGCAGACGUCCCGCUACGUGGCGCCCUUGGUCAUGGAGGGCUUGGAGGUCUUAGAGGGUCAUCAGCAGCUUGGGAGUCAACACAGGGAGAAGCAAGGGCCCAAUGAGCUUGCUCACAAAGCUUCGAUGCGAAACCAACGAGGAGAUGCUGCAGCAGAGCCGGCGCCAGCCUCCACCGGCAGAGGUGCGUCCGCCGCCGGGGGGUCGCUGCAGGCCGUCAGCCAGAUGCCUCCGAUGCAGUCCCAACCUCCGGCCCUCUGCAGGGCGCUGUACGACUUUAACCCCGAAGAAAGCAACCUGGAAGACAGUAAAUAUGGUCUCAGCUUCGUCAAGGGAGACAUCCUUACUGUCAUCAGACGGGUGGAUGAACACUGGAUUGAAGCCAAGCGGGGGGAGAAAGUUGGAAUUUGCCCUCUGCAGUAUGUAGAGCCAAACUCAGUGGCUGCCAAACGGCUAGAGGGAAGGAAUCAGAGGGGGAGUGACUCAGCAGACGUUCACCAUCGGACCGGGAGCGGGGGCAAAGACAAGGCCACUGACGUCUCCAAUCGGACCGGCCAUUACGGAGCCCCUCAGUUCCCAGCAAAGACGCCCGCCACCAAUGCUUUGCCCCUCUCCAACCAGCAGAAGCAGCCCGCAGCCAGCAGCAUCCGAUUUUACCCUGCUGCCAAAGGAGAGGCGUCCGACAUCAGCGCCUCUGACGGCUCCAGCCGCCGGGGUCAGUCGCACCGAUUCUCCGGAUCUCUCGCUGCCCGCGGCCCCCCUCACCCCUCCAGAGUGAACUCGCAGAGAACCAGACGGCACUCUGACUCUGCGUACAGGCCUCUGCAGAGUGUGAAGAAGAUGACCAGUGAUGCUCCACCCGCCAUCUCGAUGGCUCUUGUGAACCCCCAAAUAUCCUCGACCUCUACAGACGGCAAAAACUCCUCCACACAGCAGCUCUCCAUCAGUGUGUGUGCCGUCUUGUACUCCUACAAACCGCGACGGCCGGAGGAGCUGGAGCUGAGGAGAGGAGAGAUGGUGGGAGUUUACGGAAAGUUCAAGGAGGGCUGGCUGCGUGGGUUAUCGCUCAAAACGGGCAAAGUGGGCAUUCUGCCCGGCAACUACAUCACGCCAGUGCUCAGAACCUCGGCACGACUCCUGGAGACCAAAGUCGCUAACGCGUCCUCGCAGCACAACACAGUAGCUGGAAAGAAAGCCACCGGGGUCAAGACUCCCGCUGUGGUCCUUGCUCUUGAUAGGGUGAACUCUGAUGGAGCGAUAUACUCGACAGGACAGGUCCCGUCUGUGCCGAAUGGAGCGCAGCAUCCCGCGUCAUCCACUGCUGCCGCGAAACCGCCCCUUUGUGAUGGUUCACAGGGUUGGGACACCGUGAGGCGCAUCUUUAACCCUCAUAGAGGGUCAAACUAUUUCUCCCAUCCGUCCAAUCUGAACGUCCCGUCCAAGUUGCAGCACUUUUCACAAGCUCAGGCGUCCGGCUACUCGCCGGCCGUGCAGAGGAAGAAAAAGAGCAUCCUCCUGACCAACUGUGGCACAGCGCGGGGCUGGAUGACUGAGUCCGCACCGCCCUCUAGUGGAGUCUUUAAGGACAGGGGCUUCCCUGCUUCCCAUGAGCAUGAGAGACAGCCCAACGGUCCUCCCUCAAUUCUAGUCAGACCCAAUGCACACAAGAAUAAUGCCGACAAGCCGGCAAAGUCAGUGCGGUUCUUCACAGAUGAAGACUCGCCUCUCCCGAGACGUCGCACCUCCUCGUGGUCGUCAGGGAAUCAAGUUCCUUUCAACUGCGGCCCCGGCCCCCCGCCGUUAGAAGUAUGGGCCCCGUCGCUCACGCUGGGGAGAGACGGACCGGGGAUCAUCCUCAAAGAAGGAAAAGCUCCUGUUCUUAGGAGAGGCCUGGAAAACACUGUCUCUGAUUCAAAUUCUAAUACACCAAGAACAAUGUUGCCACAGCCGUUGCUUUCAGCCGCGCCCGCUCAGUUCAACCCCAGCAGACACAGAGUGACCACAACGCAUUUAGCUCAAACGGACGCAGAGCUCAGUCUGCUUCAAGGAGACGUUGUCCUCGUCCACAGGCCUCGACCUGAUGGACGAGUUCUGGUUACUCAGGAGAGCAGUGGGCGGACAGGCUUAUUCCACAGCACUGUUCUUCAAGUCCUCGAGAGGCUCAGCUGACUGUGUGGUUCCGUCGUUACGUAUGCGUCUAUAUUUCAUGUGUUCAACUGCCAAAUGGGAAGACUGACUUGAACGACAGACGCAGGUCAAAGGGUUAAGCUGCCAUUGACAAUCCUUUGAAGGAAGUGUUUAUUUUUAUGAGAGUGUGGUUAAAUUCUCCAGAGAUAUAUUGUGUGUUCUUAAACGUAUGUGCAUGUUUGUUACACAUGUACUAUUAUAAGAUUUUGCACAAAAUCCCAUCUGACUGUUCCCUGUUCAAUACCCAUGUUAAACGCAUUGGUGAGUGCCUUUGUCAAAACUCACAAAGAAAAUAACUAUAUUUAAAUAUAUUUAGAGAAAUUAUGAAGUUAAAUAUAUGUACUGCUUUAGUGGUAAUAAACUAUACGUCCAUAACUUUUGUA